ACAUCCAUCCAUCCAUCCAUUAUUUGGAAUAUAUUCUUUUCACUGGACAUCUGAUACAAAAAAAAUUGUUACUACUUUCACUUCUUAUGAAACAUUAAGUUAGAAAUUUUUUUAGUAUGUGAAAUUUGGAGAUUCGGUUCUGUUUCGUAUUCCUCGAGCUUCCAACUGCUUUGAGUGAAUCAUCCUCAGGUACCUCGACCGCAUGCGCAUGCGUUUUAAAUUCUAAAAUAUAAACCCCCUCGUAAAGUUUUCGAUAUUCCCAACCCCCAGUAGACACCCAAGUCCCCUGGCGUCAGAAUGUCUCUCAAAUUUUCGGAGCUGUCCUUCCCGAGCAAGUCUCAAACGUACCAUCAUUGUGAGCUCCAAUACACUCAAUGGCUGCUAACAGCCCUCGGUAUAUGGUCUAUGGUAUCAACAAACAUUACCCGAAAGGCAAAAGUCUCAUCUCUCUUCUUGGUUUGUCUCAUUCUAUUCGCCAUAGCCUUCACUAUAUUGCCCUGCAUCGUAUUCGUAACCGUCAGGAUGACGACUAUGAGGAGUCGGCUAGUGUUCUUUGGUCCUCUAGGAUUUCGCAUAACGAAUUUGUUGAAGUAUCUCUUUAUGAUGUACCGUGCUAAUAUGUUGAAAGCUUGUGUGUGUUGUAUAGAAGCAGAUUGGGCAGGUGCUACGCGAAAAGAUCAACUGGUUAUGGCGAAGAGCGCCGAAUUGGGAAGAAAAUUGACGAAAUUAUGUGCUUUUUUCAUGUACAGCAGUGGAAUAUUCUUUCAUGUGAUGACAUUUCUUCGGCCAAAACGCACAGAUGCAUUCAAUGUAACAAUCAGACCGCACGUUCUACCGGGGUAUGAUUUUAUCGUCAAUUCUCAACUCACCCCGACUUAUGAGAUUAUCUUCGGAAUCAAUUGUCUAUGUGGUGCAGCUAUUUAUACCGUUGUCAUAGCCACAUGCAAUCUAGCCGCUGUUUUCGUCGGUCAUGUCUCUGGACAAGUGCAAGUUAUCAGAUUGAAGCUUCUCAAGUUGGAAAAGUACGAUCAGGACUUCGAGAAGAGCGCGAAUAUCGGUAACGAUAUUGCCUACAUAGUAAGAUGUCAUGUAAAAAUAUUGAGAUUCGUGGAAAAUGUUCGAGAUCUCCUGCGAGAAAUUUGCCUGGUUGAGGUGGUGCAUUCGACUACUGUCAUAUGUUGGCUCGAUUUUUUUGUGUUAACGGGGUGGAAAAACAGUGAAGUAAUAUUCAUAGUCACAUACAUCUUAUUGCUCAUCUCCUUGACAUUCAACAUUUUCAUGUUCUGUUAUAUUGGAGAGAUACUGAAGAAUCAGUGCGGAUCUGUGGGUUAUAUGACUUACAUGAUAACCUGGCAUCGCAUGCCUAAAGAAACUAUUUCAUCGCUGAGUCUGAUAAUAGCCAUGGCAAGGUAUCCCUGCACCAUAACCGCUGGAGGAAUGAUGGAGCUGACAAUCAAAAGCUUCGGUUACGUGAGUGCAAAAAAUCAUUUCAACGAAUCUCCAGUUUCUUUAUGGAAUUUUUAUUACACAGAUAAUGAAAACAUCGCUGGGGUAUUUUCAGAUGUUACGAACAAUCGCCGCAUGAGUCUUCAGCACAUCAAUAAGGUUCAAUCAUAUCACGAAAAAAUCCGCUCUAGGAUAUCCUCCAAGCAAUUUAUAAACUGUAUGAGACAAGACUAUUUUCAAUAUUACCCUAAAGAAAUGCUCGCCUUAGCACCCACAUUGUUCACGAUUCACUGUCUUUGCGUGAACAUGUCUCCCACGAGUUCUAAAAAAAUCCCCAAGACCCGGUCUAGUCGCAAACACAAUGCCUGCAUUGAACAUGAACUUCAGUAUACCAGAUGGGUCCUUAAAUCCCUUGGUAUCUGGUCGAUGGUGUCUGAUGACACCACCAAUUUGGACAGAAUUGCAUCUUUCAUACUAAUAAUUUUAAAUCUAUUUGCUAUUGUGUUCAUAUUAAUCCCGUGCUUGCUGCACAUGUUGUUGAAAGAAACAAAUCCCAGGAGACGACUCCAUCUCGUCGGCCCCAUAGGGUUUCGCAUCUCCAACAUAUUGAAGUACUUUUCCAUCAUGUUUCGCGUGGACAUCAUCAAACAGUGCCUGAAUCACGUGGAAAAUGACUGGUCGUACAUUGAUUCGGAAGUUGAGCAGAAGCUUGUUAUGAACAAUGUCAAUGUAGGACGAAAUUUAACGCGUCUCUGUGCUAUUUUCAUGUUCAGUGCUGGGGUAUUUUACCACACAGUGAUGCCGCUAUUGAGGAAAAAAAGGAUCAAUGCAUUCAAUAUGACAAUUAGACCGCACGCCUAUCCUGGCUACGAUUUUUUUAUUGACUCUCAAGCUUCUCCAACAUAUGAAAUAAUCUUCGUCUUGCAUUGCAUCUUCGCUGUCGCUGGUUAUUUCAUGACUAUUGCUGCCUGCAAUUUAGCAGCGACAUUUGUCACUCAUAUUUGUGGACAAGUACAAAUAAUAAAUGUGAAACUACAGAAUUUAACUCGGUGCACUGAGAAAUCCAGUAUUGCAGAGAGAAUUGCUUCUGUCAUCAAAUGUCACGUGAAGGUGUUGAGACUGUCCAGGAUGAUUGAAAAAAUUCUACGAGAGAUUUGCAUGGUGGAAGUGGUGGCAUCAACUCUGAUUAUAUGUCUACUAGAAUACUACUGCAUGACUGAGUGGAAGGACAGCGAAACAGCAUCACUAAUCACGUAUUUCUUGCUACUGACAGCACUGACAUUUAACAUUUUCAUUUUCUGCUACAUCGGAGAGAUACUGAAAGAUCAAUGUCAAGUCGUGGGUGAAAUCACGUACAUGGUUGAAUGGUAUCAGAUACCCAGUAAAAAUAGUCUCAAACUUGCACUCAUCAUCGCCAUGGCCCGAGUUCCACAGAAAAUUACUGCUGGGGGAAUGAUGGAACUGACAAUUCAGAGUUUCGGAUCUGUCAUCAAGACAUCGGUAGCGUACCUUAAUAUACUACGGGCCAUGGCUGACUAACAGCCUUCAACUGAUAGAAAUAUAGAAAUAGGUUUAUCACUAGUUUAUGAUAUCGCUGUCAUUGAAGUAAUUCUUUCAUGUGCAUGCUCUCGAUGUAAUGACGAGAUUCUAUAGACUUAUAGCGGAAUUUUCUAAUGAAAACCCUCUGAUUGACAACACCUUACAUGUCUGUCUUAUACGUCCACGGCGGUAAUAAAGAUUCAAUUUGGUAAUUCCAACUGAGUAGCAAAACUGAUAGAAUACUAUUCUCACGAGUGCUCCCAACCGAAUGUUCUACGUCAUAAAAAAUUUAGAAUAGCGGCUAUACCCGAUCCAUAAAGGAUCCAGUGCUCAUAAAUAUUGACUGGUGAGU